AUGCCUAGACGGUGUAGUGUAGAUCAAUGUCAUAUUUUGAAAAACAAUAUUAAAAGCACAUUAUUCAAAGCACCAAAAGAUCCUAGUAUUUUAACAGCUUGGAAUCAAGCUGUCUCUAAAGCUAAUGGGAAAAGUUCCAUAGCUCAUUAUGUAUGUAAAAAUCAUUUUUCAGCAGAAGAUUUAAUAAGUGUAUAUACCAACUAUCCUGGAGAUUUAAAUACUAAUGAAGUUGCCCAACGUAAAAUAUGUUCUUUAAAAAAAGGUGCAAUUCCAUCAAUUUUUAAUAGUUUGUUUGAAUGUCAUUCGCAAAAUGAAACCUUUAAUGAUAGUGAACUGAUAACCAUAAACAAAUUAAAUACUGAAUUAAACAACAUUCACAAAAGAACCAGAGAAAUGAGUGACUCAGCUGUUAGCAAUGUUCUGAAUAAGUUAAGUGAGUCUCAAAAAACAAUUAUUAAUGAAAUAAUUUCUACAAGUAAGGUACAUAAUCCUAAAAGUAGAAGGUAUUCAGAAGAUUGGAUUUUAUUAUGUAUUUUAUUGAAAAUCCGAUCUCCAUCUACCUAUACCUUUCUGAGAGAGCAAGAUAUAUUGCCAUUACCGUGUACACGAACAGUUAGGAAAUAUCUUUUUCUCAUAAAAACAAAAUGUGGUUUUGAUGAGAAAUUUUUUCAACUCCUAAAAAAGAAGCUGGCAAUGUUAAGUCCACAACAGCGACAUGGAAUGCUUAUCUAUGAUGAAAUUAUUUUGAGAGAAAGUAUUGAUGUAGAUUCUAAAUCAUUAACUUAUAUUGGACUAGAAGAUUUUGGGGAGGAUAUGGAAAGUACUGGAUUAAAAGCAAACCAUGCCCUAGUCUUUAUGUUUCAAAGUUUAUGUACCAAUUUUUCUCAACCAAUAGCUGUUUUUGCUUCCAGAGGACCCACGAAAGGUUUAUUUGUUUGUUCCAAUCAAAUACUAAGAUAUACUUAG